GGGCGCAGUUCGGUCCUCAAAGGAGCUCCGGCAUAACAAUGAAUGUGUUUGUGGAGCUUCUCCUGUUCCUGGUCACGCUCCUCUAUUCCUACCUGGAGGCUUUUGUGAAGUUGUUCGUGCCUGCCAGGAGAAAGUCUCUCAGCGGGGAGCUGGUGCUCAUCACGGGCGCUGGCCAUGGCGUCGGGAGAGCGACCGCCUUGGAGUUCGCCAAGCGCCAGAGCAGGCUGGUCCUGUGGGACAUCAAUAAGCACGGUGUUGAGGAGACGGCAGCAGAAUGCCAGAAGCUGGGAGCCACUGUUCAAACCUUUGUGGUGGACUGCAGCAAACGGGAGGAGAUCUACAGCACUGCAGACAAGGUGAAGAAGGAUAUUGGGGAUGUGACUAUCCUGGUGACCAAUGCUGGUGUUAUUACGACUGCUGACUUUCUCUCGACUCAGGACCACCAGAUAGAAAGGAUGUUUGAAGUCAACAUUCUGGGUCACAUGUGGACCACGCGAGCUUUUCUGCCAGUCAUGAUGAACAACAACUACGGGCACAUUGUCACAGUGGCUUCAGCAGCAGGUCAUUUUGUGACUCCUUACAUGGUGGCAUAUUGCUCAAGCAAAUUUGCUGCAGUUGGAUUUCAUAAAGCUCUGACAGAGGAGCUGUGUGCCCUGGGAAAGGAUGGAAUAAAAACAACGUGCCUUUGUCCGGUUUUUAUCAACACUGGAUUUGUCAAAAACCCCAGUACAAGGCUUGGAAAGAUUUUGGAGGUUGAAGAAGUUGUAGAGGCUUUGAUGGAAGGAAUAGUGACCAACCAGAAAAUGGUUUUUGUUCCACCACAGCUGAACAUUGCUUUGCUUUCUGAAAUGACAGGGGAGAUAAAGAGACAAAUCUCUGUAAGAGAAGCAAUCUUACGAGUGGAAACUGCACCUCAGUUUUAACAUCUCAUCCUUCCACAAGCCUGCUGCUUUUCAGAGCAUGAAAUGUAAUACACACCUACAACUGUACAAUAUUGGACCUUCCUGGAUCCUGCAGCAAUAUUGCAGUUCACAUACUCCCCUUAGAUACCUGGCACUGAACUCUCCUAAAAGGCCGGGACUGGACUUUAAUUAGUCAGAGAAUGAUGAGAGCUAUGGAAAUUAUGUCCAGUUUAAUAUACUGUCUUAGUUCGUAUAUGUGCAUGCAUUUUGCUCCCAGACCAGCUCCUCCCUCACCUGCAGUGCCACUUUUCCCCAGAGUUUUCCUACUCCACUUUUAAUUACAUGUUAUUGUCUUUUUCAGGGUGUUUCCAGAACGUGCCCUGAACCUUCUGAAGAAAAUGACCAUUCCAAAGUUUGAUGCAGUCAUUGGGCAGAGAAGCACCCAGUGAAAAGCAAGAACUGAUUGUCAUUUCCCAGAGGCACCAGUGAAAACAGAACAUGUGCUGAGCAUAGUUCAGCUGGCUUGAUUCAGAGCAGAGCUCAGGCAGGUGCUUCCAGGCCACCAUUCCCAGGCACACCUAAGGGCUUAUCCCACACCUGCAGCUGGAACACACCUGCAUAACAGGGAGUGCUAGCAAAGCAGAGUUGCAGCUCCAGAAGGGCUGCUUGGAAUGUACAUCUCAUCACCUCUGUCUCAUUGUGCUGAGGCAGACAGGAUGCCCAUAAAGCCUGUGUUUGGAACAGCACAGCUGCCUAGUUGAGUGCAAAGGGAUUGCCUCAGAACAUGUUCAUUUGGACUCAUCCUUGAGCAUAAGCAUCUUGCAAGAAGCAAUUUAUAGAGGAGAUGGGUGGCCUGUUUCAUCUCACUUAAUAAUUUUAAGUUUUAAAAAGAAGUGCUCUAAUAAUGAACACUUACAGUUUAGUGUGCAUUUGUAAUGAGCAUUAUUGAAUUAAUUAUUUGUAUUAUUGAAAUACAAUUAUUGUAGUAUUAUAAGUAUAUUUAUAAUACAAUGUAUAUAUUUAUAACACAAUUAUAUUAGUAUUACUGUUUGUAAUGUAAUGCCUAAUUACAACAUUUAUCAAUUAUGCAUUAGCACCAUCAAGACUCCCUAUUACAAAUAAAUACA